AUGACAACUAUAAGCCGAUGCUGUGCGUGCACAACGCGCAAUUGCUCAAACUGCAUUUGUGCAAGAAGACAAAGGCAAUGUACAACAUGCAGAGUAGGCCCAGCGUGUCACAACAGAGGUGAAACACCUGGAGAAAGGAUAGAGACAGACAGGAUAAUUGCUGAAGAGUCACACCACGAACGAGCUCCAAUCGCCCUAAAAAUCGCUGCAAUACUUCCCCACUUAAUAUGCCAGAAAACACACAGGAAAUCAAAAACAACAGACAACGUAAAAGCCAUGAGGAGAAGGAUGGAAAAAUGGAAAACAGGAAACAUACACGGACUCCUUAAGGAGGCAGAGGCCCUACAAAACAAGAUUAAAAAGAUAAGUGCAAAGAAAAAGGAACUGGAUAACUGUAGGAAAUUUGCUAACCUAAUGCAGCAAGGGAAAGUGACGAAAGCAGUAAGGAUCCUGACAUCUGAAGACAACGCAGGAACCCUACCUCUAGACGACAACACACGUCGACUACUAAAUGAAAAGCACCCACCCGCCCAAGAGGCACCCCCUGAAACACUGUUUCGUGGAGAAUAUCACCCUCCACCCCCGGAAAUAUUUGAAAGUAUUACCGGGGAAAAGAUAAGGAAAUUUGCGCUCCACACAAACGGCGCCGCUGGACCCUCAGGGCUGGAUGCAGAAGGAUGGAAGAGCAUUCUGAGCACCAGCAAAUUUGGAAAUGCUGCAAAUGAUUUAUGUAAGGCCAUUGCAGCAUUGGCAAGAAAACUCGCCACGGAGAAUUGCCAAAACCUCGAUGCCCUAACGGCCUGCCGAUUAAUAGCAUUAGACAAGAAGCCAGGAUGCCGUCCCAUUGGUAUAGGAGAAGUCCUGCGCAGAAUAAUCGGCAAAGCCAUAAUGGAUGUGGUGGUAGACGACGUCAAGACAGCAGUUGGAAAUCUCCAGGUGUGUGUGGGUCAGCAAGCAGGAUGUGAGGCGGCCAUACAUGCAGUACGAAAGAUCUAUGAAGAUCCUAAUUGUGAAGCAGUACUGAUGGUGGACGCAGCAAAUGCUUUCAAUAAUAUAAACAGGAAAGCCACAAUACACAAUAUAGAAAUAAAAUGUCCAAGCAUUGCUCAAUAUAUAAAAAACACAUACAGUCAACCAGCAAAGCUCCACAUAUAUGACAAACAGACAAACACAUGUGAAACGAUCGCGUCAAACGAGGGUACAACCCAGGGCGACCCAAUCGCUAUGGCAAUGUACGCUCUUGGUCUCCUUAAGCUACAGGAUCACAUUAACUUCAGUGAUACAAACAUCAAGCAGGUGGCUUAUGCUGACGACCCUAACAGGUGCUGGAAAGAUUACACACUUACAAAAAUGAAUAGCCAAAUCAUUAUAACAUCUGGAGGGGAAAAACACCUAGGAGCAAUUCUUGGAACAAAUUCAGCAAAAGCAGAAUACGUUAAGAAACAAGUUUACAAAUGGAUACAUGAACUGAAGUUACUAGCACAGUUUGCAGAAGUAGAGCCCCACAGUGCUUACACAGCAUUCACAUUUGGCAUGAAACACAAAUGGAGCUUUCUGAUGCGGACUGUGCCAGGAACUGAACAAUUAUUUGAACCCUUAGAAGAAAUAAUAAGAAAAGAAUUGAUACCAGCUCUAUCAGGAGGACGAAACCCCACGGCAAUAGAGAGAGCAAUCCUGGCACUUCCACCAAGACUCGGGGGACUCGGGAUAACUGACCCAUGCAGGAUUGCUAACACGGAACACCAAAACUCCAUCAAGCUAACAACCAGCCUAACCCAAUAUAUCAUAGCACAGGACAGCCUCACUCAACCAGACCAAAAAGAAAUGAAAAAAAGACUUGAAAUGGCAAGUGAAGUCGGAGCAUCUAACUGGCUGACAACUCUCCCAAUAAGAUCAAAGGGGUUUAGCCUGAACAAACAGGAGUUUGUUGACGCUAUAUCCCUCAGAUAUGGAUGGGCAAUUGAUGGGCUCCAACAACAAUGCACCUGUGGCUCAUCCUUUGACCCAAACCACGCAAUGACCUGCAAGACGGGUGGCUUCGUCUGCAUGCGUCAUGACGAAGUGAGGGACGUGACAGCCCAAAUGCUGGGCGAGGUCAGCCGAGAUGUCAGGGUCGAGCCAUCCCUCAUUCCCACGGCGGGGCGGAACUUCUCGCUCCAAUCAACAAACACCGCCGAUGAUGCCCGCCUGGACGUGAGUGCCAAUGGAUUCUGGCAUCGUCAGAGGCAAGUCACCUGCGUCUAA